UAAACAUUCUAUAAACAUUCUUCACUGUACAGUUUAACGCAAUUUAUAUUUCCACUAAAAAUCAACUUAUCAAAUAGUUUAGCGCUAUCUGUCGCUUUGCAUUAGUUAUCUCUACAGAGUUUUUGUUGGUCAACAUGCAUUGUGUGGUAGCUGUGUCGGCAGGUGACGCAUCUAUUGAACCGGCCAAUCCCUUGCUCCGUACAACCUGCCGCACACAGGAACAUUCGCUUCUCACAAGAUGAUCUCGCCUGAAAACUCUUGUCUGGCAAAACCGUGAUUACACCUUUUCAUUCAAUACCAACAAGACGCGUUGUAUGGUUUGGGCGCUAACACUAAAGCGAUUCUAAAACUGGAUCGGAUUAUCCUGGACUUUGCCAUUGAUAACCAACCAUGUUGGAUUGUUUUCCUCGUGGCUAGUAAUGUAAUAGUAAAGUUAAGUGACGCGUAUUGUGACAGAUAUGGCCGGCUAUCUUCGGAGCAAAAAGGUCCUGUGUCUCUUGGUAAUUGUAGGGGUAAUUCUGUACCUCGGAACAGACUAUCUAACCAGCUACCAGACAAGACAGCAAGAGCUUCAUGGAGCUGGUGAAUACGACCAUGAAAGCGAAAGCUCUUACACUCUCACAUCCAAGCGUUCUGCGAAUCACGACACGACUCCGGGUCUGGCUUCGCAAGGGGUCAACGCGGGGAGUUUCUUAGAAGACGACAAUUCCCAGAGAGAGACAUCAAGUGCAAACAGCACAGUAAAUAUCAAUGAGACGCAAAUUAAGCGCGAGACACUAGAGAGACAGAAGACAACAGAAAACACCGAGGAGCUACCAGUUAGCACUGAAACACCGCUAGACGUGACGUCCUUCAAGCCCCACCAUGCUUCGCGCGAGAAGCUGCAGAGCAUUAACGAUCGACGAAUCCCUGACCAAUCACAGGAAAGGCCAAGUUGGGUUGACGAAUGGUUUACAAGUACAACAGCGAAACCGGAAGUAGAGCGCAGAGAUAGCGACGUUAAUGAUGAGACUGAGGGAGAUGUCGUGACGAGAACAACACACCUUGAGCACGAAAACACAAUUCCGAGAACAACACACCAUGAGCACGAAAACACAAUUCCGAGAACAACACACCAUGAGCACGAAAACACAAUUCCGAGAACAACACACCAUGAGCACGAAAACACAAUUCCGAGAAGAGCUAAAGGAGUGGGAAUAGCGCGGGACGAAAAACACUCAAUUGCAAACAAUACAAGACGUCGAGAUCGCGUUUUCCACAAAAGUCACGCGACCAUAGACGUCCUGCCCCCUUUCUCAAUCUGUCCGUACCUGGGUCUACGAAGCCCUCUCCAGAAGGACAUGGAUGGGAAAGAAUAUGGCAACGCUAGCAACGAGAAUUGCAAGCCUCAGGAACGUCAGGAGAGGGCGUGCAAGGAGGCCUACAUAGCAUACAAGGUAGACGAGCCUGCACUCGAUUGCGACGGUUCACCGAUGGCUCUGUGUGAUGUCGCGUCAUCAGGGACCAUCAGGUGCGACGUAUCGCCAUGUGGCGGUAAUCCCGUCUUUGUGAUUGGCGUCGAUCCGAAAUACGGAAUCUUAGAGGGCAGAGAUAAGUGGCGGAGUGUAAAAAAGGCAAAACAUCUGGAGUUAUUCCUGAAGGACUAUAUCAAGUCUAGCACGCAGAAUGGCUUUAAUUUCUGCUAUCUGCGUUGUAAGUCUCGCAAAGUUGAGCAACUGCUCAUGUUUCCUCCUCUGAUCGCGGCGAGGGAGGCGCAUCCCGGUGAGGCGUCUCUAUUUAAUGUGAACAUCAUCAUGUUAGACUCAGUUUCCAGGGCUCAUUUCUACCGCUCUCUGCCGUCGACUGUGGCCAUGCUCCGUGGAAUAAGACAAGAUACAACUCUGGACACGACGGUGCUCGACUUUGAGCUGUUUCAGGGCAUGGCGGAUUUUACCUUUCACAACAUUCGGGCCUUCAUGACAGGGCGGACUGAUAAGCUAUAUAAAGCGCACAAAGAACAGCACUACCACAUCGAAUACCUCUACAGCAAACUGAAAGCCAUGGGCUAUUACACAUUACUGCAGGAGGACAGUUGUUGGUUCGACGAAUGGGGGUCUCUAUUCACUGAUAACCUCUUUCAAGGCAAUAGACCCCGAACAUCUGCCGAGUACAAAUCAAGAUGGUCUCGCUUUUACAACAAAGUCACUCGUUACAAUAUUGACGAUUUUGGGUUGUCUCACUUUUCAUGUGAGGCGUUGCAGAGGUACAAUAUCACAAAUCAGUUUAAUAAACCCAAGAGAAUAUGCUUCGGUAAAAAAAUAUUCGGCGAGUACUUUAUAGAGUACGUUGAAGCGCUGUUCAGAAAGUCUACAAAUCACCCCAUCUUUGCGUACACACACCUCAAUACAGGGCACGAAGUAUCCGGCACACGAAUAAAACAAAUAGACAAAAGGUUAGCGUCUUUUAUCAGGAAGAUGGCGGAAGAAGAGAAUACAAUGACGAUCAUGUUUUCUGAUCAUGGUCCCAAAACAACGAGCUAUGCGUUUCAGACUAUGGAAGGCCGCGCCGAGAUCUACGACUCUCUGUUGUUCGUUGUUGUGCCAGGUAAAGUCGGUAGGACAUUAGGGAAGAAGAGGCUCCAAGCAAUGUUUGCGAACCAGCAACGGCUCGUUACUACUGUAGAUCUACACAACACUAUGGUUUCACUAGGACACGUAGCUACGACACCGGUCCCCAUCUCACGUGAAGGAAUCUUCACAGAGAUUGAUAAAAACCGCACAUGCGCAGACAUACCCUUGAGGCGUUCUGCCGUCUGUAAGUGUAAUGGCUGGGAAGAACGGUUCCCGAACAAUCACCCCCCCUUCACAUGGCUUGCGGAGCUUGUACUCGGCCAGUUGAACAACAGGAUACAGGAGGAGUAUCUGAAGAGCGAAGACGCGGAGGCUGGAUAUGGGAAUUGUCAGCGCUUGAUCGGGAAAAGCUUUGAGAAGGUCCGCAGAAGGAAAGUUGGGGACAAGUACGUCGUUACAAUGGAUGUCAUCGUACAACCAGAAAAAGAGAUCUUUGAGGCCCAGGUGGAGUACCCCGUUGAUACUGAGGAGUGGGAAGGGGAUAGCGCUAUAGGGGUGAACUGUACCCACACUAGUAGAAUAAGCAUUUAUCGGCGAUUCGAACGAUGCAAAGACAAAAGUGUUGAUCUCACCAUAUGUGUGUGCAACUCCAAGAUAGGUCAAAGACACUCAAAGCGUAAUAAACACUGGAUUAAUAUCUACUGUAGAAAGGACCUACUGCGUGUUAUAACACGAGCUAAGAGCUUCGGUGCCGAAGUGGAGGUGACCAACUUGCACGACGACUGCCUAGUGAUGUUCUCGCGCGCUCACGCACACAGCACAGCGGUGUUCGAGAUAGCGAAUGCGUGCGACAAUCGAACAUAUGACGUAGUGUUGAGAGGGAAAAGCAAGAGUAAAGCGAUGUUAUCGAGGACGCUGCCCUACAGCUUGAGGGUUCCGCCCCUUACCCUGCACUUUGUGCUCUCGGUUUACCACUUGAGCAAGCCUUAUGGCUUCAAAAUCAAGGCAUCGUACCGAGCUCACUUCCUCUGAUACCGUUAAAGCCGCAUUGUCACCAGUUUAAUUCCGGUCGAUUACGUUUUAACUGAUUUUUAACGGAUAACGCGAAAAAUAUUUCAAAAUAUUGAAAGCAGUGUGUUUAUUGGAAGUUUCUUUGAGGAUGCGAUUGAUAAUUUAGAGCGGAUGGCCUGUUUAAUAUCUCGGAUUUUAAUGGAUUCUUUUGUCUUUUAACGGCUGAGGUUUCCGUCGGACCUCCGGUGGUAAACUGGUGACAAUGCGGCUUUAAGAAAGCCGUAUUAUUAAAUGGAUUUAAACUGGUACUAUUUGAGCAAACCAUAAAUGGGUCCAAAGUCGAUGCACCUUUCAGAGCUCACUUUCUCUGAUGCCACUUAAGCAAGCCAUAACCAUUUAUGGCUCAAGUCAAAGCAUAUAACAGAGAUCCGUAAAGGUUGGUCGUCACUAAGCGCAAGAGCAAGAAAACGUAACUUCUUGAUUUCCUUACGCUUGCUCUUUACUGGUUUUCACUUUCGUUACACUCGUACUUGCUUGGUAUUGCCGUAGCUGGCCUCGAUAUAUUGGGGGCAGGGGGGGCACAAUACAGAAACAUUAAGAAAAUAUUUGGGGGCACAGCCACGCCCCCACUGGUCAUUUCCUUAUAAUCCUUUGAAAUAUGGGGGGGGGGGGGUACGUGCCCCCCCUGCUAACGCCCUGUCUUGCGUCGUAGUGAGAACCAGGCACCAUAAAGGGGAAGAUAAAGAGCUUAGGGAUUUCCUAGAUUGGAUACAAGUGAACUUGUUAUUUUUGGAGACUAUUGCAAUGAAAAAUAACAAUUAAGAGGGAAACUUUAUAUUUUUAUUUAUGAAUCAUCUACUAUUUUAGAAGUAAAGAAAAAGGAUAUAAAUCAAUUGCCGAAAAUGGAGAGGGACCAUCUAGUUUGUUUAUUGGUUUGAGUAAAUAUGCACGAUGUACCGACACCUCAAAGUGCUUUUUUCAAUCCAUUUCCAUUCCCUCGAAAUGAGGAGUUGAAACCACAAUAUUGUAUUCAACUGAUUUUUUAAAUUAUUCCACAUGAUUUGGACUGUUUUAAGAUUGCAGAAAGAACACUUAUCUCACUCUUUAAUCGUGUUAGUGGCCCUUUCAAUGUUUUGGAUUGAUACUCUUCAACAGGGCUCAAAGUAAAUUAUAACUCAUAAAAAAAUUAUAUUACAGUAGCCAUAUACCUAUUUCAUCGAACAACAUCAAGCUUAUCAUAGUUUGUGUGAAAAAUGGAAUUACAUGACUCUGUCAUGCACAGGUUUCCAUCCUUCCUUUGUACAUUUAGUCAAACUAUGUGUGCUAGCCUGUAAUGCCUGGGGAAAUCUCCUGGGGAAUUAUCCAUUGGUUGCUAGAGCUUCUGUACAUUCUAUACAUAUAUACAGCCACUGUAUGUGGAUCAGUAAAGAUCCAAGAACUGCCAUGAGAAUUGCAAUAAAGAUUCAAGAAUUG